GACGGAUAGCGCGUCAUCUCGCCUUCCCAAAUUUUCUCCUUCUGCAGCUCGAAUCCAAAACAUCUAUCUAUAGUACGGAGUACAGGGGAAAGAUGUUUAACUCGGUGAAUCUGAGCAACUUCUGCUCGCAGACGCGUAAAGACCGGACAUCCGAGUUUGCGGAUAGGACGGGCUGUGCCUCUAAUAUCUACCUCCCCAGCUGCACCUACUACGUCCCCGAAUUUUCCACCGUAUCUUCGUUCCUUCCACAGGGGCCUUCGCGGCAAAUUACGUACCCUUAUUCCACAAAUUUGUCUCAAGUGCAACCGGUACGAGAUGUUUCCUACGGCCUGGACCCCUCCAGCAAAUGGCACCAUAGAAGCAACUAUGCGUCUUGCUACUCAGGAGAGGAUCUGGUGCACAGGGACUGUCUUCCGCCAUCCACCAUGACAGAAAUGCUCAUGAAAAACGAGAACGUGUACAGCCACCACCACCAUCAUGCCAGCUCAAAUCACCCCUCCACCGGUUUCUACUCCGGCGUGGGGAAAAAUAACGUGCUCCCUCAAGGUUUUGAUCGCUUUUUCGAAACAGCGUACUGCAACGCGGACAAUCAGCCUGACCAUUGUUUACAAAAGAGCGAGACGAAUAAGCUAGAGACUACGACCCAGCAACCCAGCGCCGUUUCGGGGGUGGACGAAGUGGAAAAAGACCCGGAGGAUGAGGAGGAACGUACAAAUUCGGGCUCGUGUACCUCAUCAGCUACAAAGGACGGCAACACGAGCAAGAUCAGCCACUCGAGUACCCCUCGCACGAGAAAGAAGAGAUGUCCAUACUCCAAAUUUCAGAUUCGCGAACUGGAACGAGAGUUUUUCUUUAACGUUUACAUCAACAAGGAGAAAAGGCUGCAGCUCUCCAGAAUGCUAAACCUAACUGACAGACAAGUGAAGAUCUGGUUUCAAAAUCGGAGAAUGAAAGAAAAGAAAUUAAGCAGAGACCGUUUGCAGUAUUUCUCUGGGAACCCAUUGUUAUAAACCUUGAACUAAUUUUAUCAGAUUAAUGUCGAUUUUACUUGAUAUUUCCGAAAUCUGUGGUUAUUUGAGUCAGAAUUGGCUUUACCAAGUUAAUUAAUGUAUAAUCUGAAUAUAUACUUAGACAACAUUAGUGGCUAAAUUUAUACGAAUCUUGUUGUGGAAACUGCGGAUUUAGUCCAAUAAUCAAGGAGACAAUUUGAAUUCAAAUAGCAUUUAAGGAAUCGAAGUUCAACCUUAUUUUAUGUCGUUCUGAAUAAAAUGUUUCAGUCUAUACCAAUAUCAUUGCUUACACCGAUAUCAUUUCGAAAGUAGCUUUGUCACAAAGCAAUAGGCUAUCAUUUGUUAGAAUUCGCGUUUAAUGGCUUUAGUUGUAAAUAUGUAACAUAAAACAGUCAAUUCGUACUUGGGGCUGGAAUCGUCAUACUUUUUUAUUUUACAUUUCCGUCUUCUUAAACUGUGACUUGUACAAUCUGUAACAAUGUAUUCCUUGUACAGAGACUAUGCAAUGUGCAUUCGUGAUUGUAAAUAUAAUGUUAAGUUCCUUUUCCAUAACCUUGCUGCUAUUUUCUUUAUAUUGCUCGGGCAACCUCGCGUGCUUUACUCUGUUGUUCAUUACUUUAAAUUAUUUGUUUUAUGUUAUACCCAGUGAUCUCUCGUCUUGUAGAAAGAGAGCGCAAAGAUUACACUUGGUCUGUGUACGAUAUAUGAUACUGAUACAUCACAUAAGAAAUAAAUAUAAAUAUUGUGGCCAUAUUUACAUAUGAA